CCCUAGUACUUCCUCAUUUCACGGAAGACGACAAUCUGCCAAGCACACUGAAGGUGAAGUGAUCCGCCAUGAGACCACUGUUGGCCAUCGUCCUGCAAAUCCUGCUGAAUGGCGGCAUCUUCUUAGGAGUUGGAUCAUCAGCGUCUAGGUGUCCGCACCAGGAUCCACCAAUCAACGGUGCCCUAUCAUGUGACACAUGGCUUUAUGGCCAGUUUUGUAGCGUGCAGUGUGACGAGCGGUAUGACUUCUUGACGGAACCAGCGAGGAUGUACAUCUGCGGAUCUUCUGGACAGUGGCGAACGGAUCCUCCUGGCAAGGAGACCAAAUGGUCAGAUUUCACAGUGAGACGCAAUGCCGAAUUUUCGAAGGGAAUCGAGUUCCAGUACUAUGAAGGCGACUGCCCGGAUGAGGAGUCGAGGCAAAAUCAGGUCAAACAAAACUUCGUCAACUAUUUCAACAUCACGGUCUUCGGCAGGUUUGGCGGAUGCAUAGGAAAUAUCAACUGUACUGCAGACAACGUACGUGUAGAUUGUGGCGAGAAGAACGACGACAUCGUUGUCGAUCUGGUACCAGAAGAAGCCUCCACUACACCAAUGACGACGACAACAACAGCAAAAGCCAUGGCCGUCUCCAUGGUAACGAGUUCAAACAGCGAUGGGGCAUCUGCUGAUCAAGCCGGAAACAUGUCAGGAGCCACCAUAGGCGGUGCAGUAGCUGCUGGGGUCGUCAUCCUCAUCAUAGCAGUCGUUGUCUUUAUCGCCUACGUGAAAAGACGACGACCCAGUGAUAGUCAUAUAUAUGAUGAGCCACCUGCUUCCCAGUUUGAGCUCGCGGAGGCACCAAACGACAUUCAAGUCUGUAACGGUGCGUCUAAAUAUUUUGUAGGGGCUCUUCUGUCUGACGAUGGCGAGUAUGUUGACACGUUACCUUCCAUGGUAACCUUGGAACAGCCUGACGCCCAAGUAGAUUGUUCAAUAAGCUUGCGCCAAUCUCGUAACAGUUGUGACUACGAGACCAUCUCACAGGCGUCAUCUAGCGGAGAUUAUCAAGAACUGCAGCCAGCUGUGUAUCAGAGCUUGCAGAAAUUCUGA